AUGUCGAAAAGCUCUCGUCUUACAGUGUUAGCUGACAACACACUAGUCACAAUAUACGAGCGAAAAAGAUGCAAAAGCGAAAACAUUAAUCACGACUCGCAUGACAUUAUAAUAAAUAAGAAUUUAGUUAAACUACGUAGUGGUAUAAAAGAGUUGGAACAAGAGUUGUCUUUAGCCGAAGAGACUAGAAGUUUAAGUUCACAAGAUUUAAGAGAAAAAGAAGAUACACUCAUUAAACUAACAAAACAAGUGGAAAAGCUCGAGGCACUAAUGGGUGAAAGCAAUGAUAUUUCAGCAAGAGAACUUUUGCUCGAUCUGAAUUCGAGUAUUGAGCCAUCAGGAGGAAAAUCCAAAAAAAAGAGUGUACGCUUCACGGAUCCAAUAGCAGAACUGAACGAAUUUGAUGAUCACCAAGUUCUUCAAUUGCAACAGCGGAUAAUGUCCGAGCAAGACGAAGAUCUAGACAGACUUGACGAGGCAGUUGGACGUCAACGAGAGCUAGGAAUACUUAUUGGUGAAGAAUUAGAUUACCACGUUGAAUUGCUAACAGAAACUGAACAUGCCGUGGAUAAUACCGAAGGUAGAUUAGCGAGUGCGCGAAGGAGGUUAAAUCGUGUAUCGAAACAAGCAAAAGAACAAGGUAGACCAGACCAUUUUUUUUAA